AUGGCGGCCAUGGAUUUCAGUAAAUUGAUCCAACUCUCUCUCUUCUUCUCGCUUCUUCUUCUCCUCUCUUUCCACUUUAAAUUCGCAGAAUCCUCCGUCCACAUCUACCCUUCCCAGCCUUUCCACGAUGUCGGCAAUUCAUUCCUCCUCUACGGCGGCAGCGAAGGCAUCUUCGCCUCUUCCCGAUCUUUCAUCAGGUUCGAGAACAUCACUCUCUGGAGGACAAACGAUGCAUUAUUCAAAAGUCGCUAUAACGGGUUAGUUCAAGCAGUGAUCUUUGAGGCCUCAGAUCGUAACAACAUCGGUGGUUCAGCUUACGGCGGCCAGAGAUCUAUCUGCUGCACUCCAGAUCUGGCCAAGCUCCAAGGCUGUAAGCAAGGUGAGAUCAUUAGGAUCCCAUCUUCACACGACCCUAAAUGGCCUCUCCUCUUACGCAUCCGCUUCAAAGGAAAACGCUCCUUCGCCAAGAUGGAAGACACUGAGGUUCUCAUCAGGAAGACCGGAAUCUACAACCUCUUGUUUAUCUCGUGUGAUCCGAAGCUGAAAGGGCUUCAAAUGACUGGAAAGACCGUUUGGAAAAACCCAGAGGGAUAUCUUCCUGGUAGGAUGGCUCCACUGAUGAAGUUCUAUGUGUACAUGUCUUUCGCGUAUUUGUUGCUCAGUGCCGUUUGGUUCGUCCAGUAUUUGAGGUUUUGGAAAGAUAUAUUGCCACUUCAACAUUGCAUAACAGUGGUUAUUGUUCUUGGAUUGCUUGAGAUGGUGUUUUGGUACUUGGAUUAUGCGAAUUUCAACAACACUGGGACGAGGCCCUUGGCUCUUACUACAUGGGUUGUUACAGUUGGUGCUUUCAGGAAAACUGUUUCACGCAUUCUCAUACUCUGUGUUUCCAUGGGGUUUGGGGUUGUCAAGUCCACUCUUGGUGGUCUCACUUCUAAAGUGCUUCUCGUUGGAGUUACUUACUUUGUAGCUUCUGAGAUGCUUGAUAUAGCUGAGAAUGUUGGUAUAAUUGACGAUAUUUCUGGAAGGGCGAAACUUUUUCUUGUCUUGCCGGACGCUUUCCUGGAUGCAUUUCUCAUUUUGUGGAUAUUUGCUUCUCUUUCGAAAACACUAGAACAGUUACAGAUGAAGAGGACCUCAGUGAAGUUGGAUAUUUACCGGAAGUUCUCAAAUGCUCUUGCUGUUAUGGUUGUUGCCUCUGUUGCUUGGAUAGUGUAUGAGGUGUAUUUCAAAGCAACAGAUCCAUUCAAUGAACGAUGGCAGACUGCUUGGACUAUAACUGCCUUCUGGGAUGUUAUUGCCUUCGUGUUGCUUUGUAUUAUUUGCUAUCUCUGGACCCCGUCGCAGAACUCUCAAAGAUAUGCGUAUUCGGGAGAAGUGGAUGAAGAAAACGAGGAAGUUCAAUCUUUGACAGGGGGGAAGCAAGAUGGUGAUAUCAGCUUAGUUAAGCUAGAGAAGAAUGGUGACUCGGACAGCGAAGAAGAUGUUGAAGAAGAUAAGAGGGAGUGA